UUUUAGUGUUGUUGUUUUUUUAAUUUCCCCGAAAUGUUUGAUGGUGUUACCAAGGAAAUUAUUAAUUCCCUUGCAUAUUAAAGUAAACUUUGUAGGGGGCGUUUGAUGUCGGAAAAAAAUGGCAGCGACCAGGCGACUCCAGAAGGAACUGGGUGACCUGAAAUCACCAAACUCUGUACUGAAAAAAUCUUUCAGGGAUAUAAGUGUGGAUGAAUCAAAUAUACUUUUGUGGCAUGGAUUAAUUGUACCAGAAAAUCCACCAUACAAUAAGGGAGCUUUCAGAAUUGAAAUAGCGUUUCCAGCCGAGUACCCAUUCAAGCCACCUAAAGUCAUAUUUAAGACAAAAAUUUAUCACCCCAACAUUGAUGAAAAAGGUCAAGUUUGUCUGCCUAUUAUCAAUGCUGAGAAUUGGAAGCCAGCAACCAAAACAGAUCAAGUUGUUAGCUCACUCAUUGCACUGAUAAAUGAUCCAGAGCCUGAGCAUCCACUGAGAGCAGACUUGGCCGAGGAAUAUACCAAAGAUAGGAAAAAAUUCAUGAAAAAUGCAGAGGAACAUACAAAAAAAUUUAGUGAAAGACGACCUGCUGAUUAACAAUUGCUCCAAGUUAUUUCCAAUAGUUCAUAAUGCAUCAGAUAGACAUUGGUAAACAAUGAGUUCAGUGUUAGCAGCCAAUGUGCGGUGUUGUACAUUUUCCCCUUUGAGCUUUCUUCAUUUCAUGUUCUGUCUCUCUCUCUCUUUGUUUGACUAAAUCAUACUUGGGUAUAGUUGAAUGGAUUCAGUACUGUCAGUGUGUGCAAAAGUUGUGUUUGAUUUGUUUGCCAUUUGAUAGCGAGUGUCCAGAAAUAUUCAUUAUUUAAAAUGUUUUUUACUCUCCUGUCCCCACUUAUCGAGAAGAAUAUGUGCUAAUCAUUGUCAACAGCCUACAACAUUUUGAAUGCUAAUAUUUUAAUUAUAUACUUUUUUUGUGUACAAAAAUGGCAGAAGAAUAUACAAUUAAAACCUACGUAGAUUAGAAUUAUUUGAAACCUAUGAAAUAUCAAAAGUUUAUAUUACAGUGUAUCUUAACAAUUGUUUUUAAUUUUAAUUUCUUGAAAAAUUUCAAAUUUUAAUUAGUAGGCAUCAUAAGAAAUUGUAAUAUUUUAUUGGUGGGCUUUUGAAAAGUGUAAUUUAAGUAAUGUUCAUUCAUGACUGCAUAUUUAUAAGUAUGUGUUUAUCAGUGUUUAUUUCAUUACAUUGUUUGAAGUUAGCAAUUGUUCAAAACAAAACAUACAUGUACUGUGUUGAAUGAAAAGAAAACAACGUCCCCUCUACUGAUGACAUUAUCAAUGACUAUUUUUCUGGCAGUUUCAUAGUUAACCAUCUUUCACUUACGCAAGCCGACAGUGUUAAACCGUGAAUUAGACACUCAAAUAAAUUGUCUUGAAGAAAUUUUUUUUAUAAGUUGUAUGUUGAUAGAUCAUAAUAAAAGUUUUCCAAAUUGAAAGUGCUAAGUAAGAAAAUUCAUCUUUUGAUAGAGUAAUACAUUUUUUUUAUUAAAACUUUUCCUCAUUGAAAGUAUAAAAUUUGACAAAAAUAUUUUUGAUUUAUCUUUUUUUGUUCUAAAUAGAUCUAAUAGAUGUCUUAAUUUCUAUGUAAUUUCUUCUUAAUAUGUGACUUAGUUUACAUGAACAAGGUGUGCACACUGCCAACUGCUAAAAUGUUUGUUUUUGAGGCUUCAUAAUUUUCUCUGAUCUUUUUGAAUUGUGUUUGUAAGUGGAAAUGGUUUGAAUCCUGUAACAACUCAUUCUUUUGGUUGAGAGUGGAUAACUCUUUGAAAUAGCUGUGUUGUGCUAUGCAAACUUAAUUAGAUCAGGCCAUGUUAUUUUUUUUUUGUUACUUUUGGAGUUCAGAAAAAAAAUGUUAAGUGAAAAUUCAAGUUAAGAUUCUGCCUAGAUUGAAUAGAAUAGAAUAACAUUUUGUACAUGAAUAUGAUGUCCAUAGUUUGUAUAAAGCCUUAACAUAUGAAUGCCAUAAAUUCCCAUUUUAUUGUUACUACAUAUGGAGAAAAAAAAAAAGUUUUUUUUUUUAGAUUAGGUGAUUUUUUUUUCCACGACAAAUUUGUUACAAUUUUAUUUAAUAAUUUUUUUUAACUUCAUACUUCUGUUUGGGAAACAGUUUCCAGUGAAGUUAAAAUAUUACAUGAUUGUGAAAGUUAAUAAAAAUCCAAUUAUGA